GCUGCGCGUCAGUUUUCCCAUUCACCGACCUUCACAUUGUUCUACACCCUCAAAUCAACAUCCAUGAAAUUUUCUCCCAACCAAACACAAAUUCAAGGAAAAUAGUAAGAGAUACCAAAAAGAAGUUGCAGAUGCAGAGUGAUCGGAGUUGGAGAUGCAAAUGGCCUCUUCAGAAAGCAUAUCUAUGCUUCCGGAAUCGAUACCACAUCUACUCUGAAACUUUAUUCCGAAACACAUUUUCAACAAUAUCUGAAUUCAGUUUCCGGGAGAGUUAUGGAGGUUCCACCUCAAAAUGAUUUUUUCCAAACCAUUCUUUUACUCUUCCAGAAACACAAAUGCAGAAAAUCAUUUCUCCCCUCCCAAACCUAUUCCGGAUCACAUUUUCUGGAAUUGCAUUUCUCACCACCCAGCUUCUCUGACUUUUGCAAAUCACUAUCACUCACCACCACCUUCAUCCCACAAAGCUUUCCAGAAAACCCCAUAGAAAAACACUCUAAACCAGUUCAUCACUGUCUCAGAUCUUCCACAAGGAUAAAAUAAAAUUCCAAAAAUUAUGGGGUGCAUGUAGAAAUUGAUGGGGUGCAUGAAGCAAUUGGCCCAAAGUUAUUGUUGUUUGAAAGCAGAAAGAGAAAUGGAAAAGGUAGAGACGUUGAUUUCAUGGCGACGUGGGACCUACCUAAAUCAAAUCAAAACGGCAUUUUUAUAUUAUUUAUUUGGUUUUGAAGGAAGAACAAAAACUAGGAAGUCAAAUCAAAAUCAAAAGCACAAGCGAAGUGAAACCCCUGAACCCAAACGACAAUUUUUCUCUUGGCAGUGUGGGGACACUGUUGUUGUGUUCGGUGUGCAAACAGACGAAACACUGUUUCUCCAAACCCAAGCAGCCCCAGCUUCUUUCUUUCUUCAUACCUUGAAGACGCAAAAUAAAUAGAAAGGAAGAGCAUUUGAGACAGAGGAGAAGAAGAAGAAGACAACGAUGGGUUUAGGUUGGAUAGUGAAUCAACAAUGCAGAAGGUGGACGACAAGUCGUGUAUGUGGAGCAACGUUUCUGUGCUGCAUGUGCUUUAUCCUCUUUACUCCCACAAUCCCUCGCUCUCCCAAGCACCACCAAUUCGGUGACAUGCGCAAUCUUCUCGGAGUACCCAACACGUUGAAUGUGAUGACGAAUUUCCCGUUCUUAGUUGUGGGGAUUCUGGGCCUUGUGCUUGCCCUCGAAGGAGGUGUCUUCAACAUAAGUUCCCAAGGAGAGGUUUGGAUAUGGGCUCUGUUCUAUGCUGGAAUAGCUGGGGUGGCUUUUGGCUCUGCUUAUUACCAUUUGAAACCCGAUGACCAUCGUGUGUUGUGGGACACUUUACCGAUGAUGGUGGCUUUCUCCUCACUUUUCUCCAGCUUGGUUGUUGAGAGAUUUGGCCAGAGGAUUGGGCUGUGUUGUCUGUUUGCACUCAUUGUUGCUGCAUUUCUAUGUGUAGUUUAUGAACGAAUUUAUAAUGAUAUUCGGUUCUGCGUGAUAUUCCAGUUGACUCUGCCUCUAGCUAUUCCAGUAAUAGCACUCAUGUACCGCUCCAAAUAUACUCACUCAAGAUAUUGGUUUAUGUCUACAGGGAUUUAUCUGCUUGCAAAAUUUGAAGGUGUUACUGACAAGAAACUGUACUAUGUAAAUAACUACAUUAUCAGUGGGCAUUCUAUGGAACACUUGUGCUUAGCACUGAUCCCAGUUUCACUCAGCGUGAUGCUCAUCUACAGGGAACUUAAGUUUCAAAGAAUAGUUGAUGUUAAAGAUCGACCAUGAGGGACACAGAACUGAUGAUUGUUCAUUUGCUCCUGGAUGGUCGACAGACGUUGCAUUAGUAAUGAAUGAGUGAAAAUGCCUUAGGAUUAUAUAAACCAUGGUCGGCAAAGUAGAUGAAGUUUUCCUCCAUAACUUGUAAGUGUUACUAGUUUAGCUGUACAGUGGGGCCAAAUUCCUUUAUCUUUAUUUAUAAGGGAAUCUGUGUUGACACCAAUCUGAUCUUGCCUGGUGGGUCGUCAUGUGAAUGAAAGCUUGUGCCUUUAAUAUGACCUGAGGUGACGGACAAGAGGUUUCUAACUUGAAUUUGUUUUUCUCUGUUGUUGUUAGCCCUUCUAAAAUCUGUGACAGCAUUAUUGAUGCAUCAACGUGAGGCAUUGAGAA